AUGUCGUUCACUUCUAAGGAUACGAAACUCUAUCGAGAGGACGAGAGGGCCGGGCAUAAGAAGCUCGGUGCAAAAGAGCGGGAAAAGCUCGUGCAGAAUUAUCUACCCUCUCCGCCCAAUCGAUCACCGAGUCGGAGUCGCAAGAGGAAGCGGGAGACGUCCCACUUUGGUGUUAGGAAAUUCCUUAAGUCGCAGCUCCAUGCAUUGCUAUACAUCAUUGUACACGCAAUAUUCUCCGUUUAUAUCCGAAUUCGCACAGCCUACCAUGCCGUUACCCUUCGAGUCCUUUCCAUACUCAGACACCAUCAUAACACUCCAGAUUAUGUCCGAAGAGACGUUAGCGUAUACAGAAGGUUGCCUAAGCACGUUAGUAUAAUAUUGACAUUGGAAGAUGGUGGAAGAGCUGGGGAUGCCUUGGAAAAGCUCAUCAACGAAGCUUCUGAGGUAGCAGCAUGGUGUGCUUCGGCAGGUAUUCCUCGAUUAUCUGUAUACGAGAGAACAGGAAUACUUAAACGCUAUAUGCCUCAGGCACAUCGUGCCUUAGCACACAAGCUGAAGGGCUGGUUCGGAAAGCACCAAGCUCCGCCGCUGUCCCUCAUUACUCGUGGAGCCUCACCUAUUCAUUCUGUAAAUCGACUGUCUUAUGGACAAGACCAGGUUCCGCUAGAGGUCAUACUUGUCUCCGAAGAUGACGGCCGUGAGGCCAUGGUAGAUCUUACCAAGGUUCUAGUUCAUAUGGUCCAGCAAGAGAAGAUAUUGGCUGGCGACAUUACAUUGGAUGUUCUCGACCAUGAGUUAUCUGAAGCCGUUAUGCCAGAGCCAGACCUACUCAUCUCAUUUGAGCCUUACGUUGAUCUGCAAGGAUAUCCACCAUGGCCAAUUCGGCUGACUGAGAUCUACUGCGCGCCUGAUAACCAGGGCGUAGCAUAUCAAGUAUUCCUCCAAGGUUUACAGAAAUAUACGGAAGCAACCUUCAAACUUGGAAAAUAG